AGCCAGAGCGUCUCUAUCAUCACCAACAUCUGGUCACCAUGAAGGCCGUUCACAUCCUCCUGCUCUGCAUGCUGGGAGCCGCUCUGCUGGCCUCUGUCCUCUGCAACAGUGGAAACUCUCCGGUCGACUGCUGCUUUGAUUUCGUCAAAAACCGCCUGAACAAAAAUCUCAUGUCUUCAUAUGAGAAGACUGAUCCCCGCUGUUCGCUGAGGGGAAUCGUUUUGACAACAAAAAAAGGACGCUCCAUCUGUGUGGACGCCAAGCAGCCCUGGGUGAAGACGAUUAUUGACUUUCUGGAGAAAAAGCCCCGUUAAGAGAUCUGCCUGUAUCCAUCUCGAUCAGUUCAUAUGAAGGUCUAUAAAAUGCAGAGUGACUGUAAUUCUGCCAUUCAACUUUGGUUCAAGUAAUCAUUGUUACAAUGAAUUGACUGUAGGACAAUUCUGUUUUUGAUUGUUUUUUUUCCCCCCCAUUUUUUUUUUUUGCCUUUCUUUUCUGUUUUUCUGUAAUCAAACACAAAGUCUUCUGGAUGUUUCCUUUGGUUGUUGCAUGCUUGAUUUUAUUCUAAAAUAAAUGUAACUUUUGUCAAACGAUUCUGAUUUUUUAAUCUUAAUAAUGAAGCUUUGAGCAA